AUGUUCUCAUAUACAUUAUCAGUGCUAUUAAUAUUUACAAUUUCAAAAUUAACAAUAGCACAAUUUAUGCCACCAUAUGGAGCAUUUGGUGCUUUUCAAACACCUGGCUUAUUAAAUCCAUAUUUGGGACCAUUUGGCGGCUUUGGCAUGGCAAUAGGUUAUGAUCCAAUGCUACUAUCCAACAAUAUGGGUAUGAAUUUGUUUGGUAAUCCAUAUUUGUUAAACCCAUAUACACCAUUUGCGCUCACAAAUAAUGGUAAUUCGUUUGCCACAAGAUAUGGAUCACCGAUGUAUUCAAGAAAGCGAUUUAUUCCAGGUUUUGGUUGUUUGAAUCGAUCUGGUUGUGGUAUCGGCUUGCAAAAGAAGGAAUAG